AUGACUGAAAAGAAAAUUAAGGAAAAGGUCAAAAAGCGGGAGCGUAUUGUCGCAUCAUUACAGCGACAUGCGCAAUUUCUGGGCAGUUUCAACCCAGAUAUUCAUACGGGGGAAGUUCAGUCAAGACUGGACAAGAUUGAGGCAAAGUUUGAAGAGUUUGAGGAGGUUCAAGAAGAAAUCGCAGAGCUGGACGCGGAAGGGAUCUAUGAGGAGGACUGCACCACGGCCUACGAGGAAUUCGAGAAGCUGUACUAUCGUUUACGGGCGGCUUUGCUGGCAAAACUACCAACGGAGGAGACUGCUGUUGAGCUGAACAACACGUUAGCGCGGAAUGGUCAACAUGUAGGGGCGCACACUGGUGUUCGUCUGCCGCAGAUUUCUCUACCGGAGUUCGACGGCGACUACAAGGGAUGGCUGUCGUUCAAGUCAACGUACGUGUCGCUGAUUCACGAUUCUGGGGAGCUAAGCGACGUGCAGAAGUUCCAUUACCUGAAGUCAGCGCUUAAAGGGGAAGCAGCCAAACUUAUCGAAUCGCUCACGCUUACCAACGAUAACUAUUCGAUUGCUUGGAGCACGAUUACGAAGCGGUAUUCCAACGAGUACCUGUUGAAGAAGAGGCAUUUGCAGGCACUGAUGGAGUACCCGAAAGUGGAAAAGGAGUCGUCUGUGGCUCUUCAUGCCUUGGUGGAUGAAUUCGAACAGCGGCUGAAGAUUCUGAAGCAGUUGGGAGAGAAGACGGACGAGUGGGGUGCGAUGAUCGUUCAUUGGAUGUGCUCCAAGCUGGAUACGCAGACACUUCAGCUCUGGGAAGACCACGCAGCAUCAACGAAGGAUCCGACAUUCACGAUCUUGGUAAACUUUCUCGAGAAGCGGACAAGGGUUCUGGAAGCGGUUUCAUCGAACGUUGAAUUGAAAGGCAGUUCUCAAAAGAUGGAAACCAAGCGGCAAAAGGUGAUUGUGCAUUCGGCUACAGAUGGAGAUAUAAAUGGUCCGGCCUGUUGUUGUUGUGGAGAGUCGCAUUUCUUGGGGCGGUGUGGCAAAUUUUCGAAAAUGGCACUGAAGGAGAAGCUGCAGUUCGUCAAUAGCAAGCGGCUUUGUAGCAAUUGCUUGAAGUCAGGACAUUGGGUACGCGAUUGCUCAUCGAAGUUCAGUUGUCGUGAUUGUGGAAAGAAACAUAAUUCACUGAUUCACCCAGGCUUUCCGUUGAGCAGCAGCGGUGUUGGAAGCAGCGAACAUCCGGUGAGCAAACCGGAGAAGACACGGAACGAAAAAUCUGUGGCAACCAACGUGGUGACUAACGAGGUGGAAUCUGAGGACGAAGACGACCAAGGAGCGGUUGGGACAUACAACGUAGGGACCAAGGGCGGCAAAAUUUCAAACGUACUACUAUCUACGGUUGUACUGGUUAUUCGGGACCAGCACGGAGGCAAACAGAUGGCUAGAGCAUUGCUAGACAACGGUUCGCAAGCUAACAUCAUGAGCGAGCGAUUAUGUCAGAUGCUGAGCCUAAAGAGACGGACGAUAAACGUGCCAAUUAGCGGUGUCGGAGAAGCGGAAACGCGAGCGAGAUUUCUGGUAAACACAACAGUGAGUUCACGGGUCCAGAACUUUGCAGUGGGGAUGGAAUUUUUGGUACUUCAGAAGGUAACGUCGGAGUUGCCGUCAGCGCACAUACCAGUGGAGCACUGGAAAAUUCCAAAGGAUAUACAACUAGCCGAUCCGAACUUCAACAUCAGUAAUCGGAUUGAUCUUUUGAUUGGAGCUGAGCACUUCUACCGGUUCUUGUUCGAGAGAGAUACAAAACGGAUCAUGUUGGGUCCGGGACUGCCUACGCUGAUCAACUCGGUAUUCGGUUGGAUAGUUACAGGGAAAGUUUCUGAAACAUCGAGUAAAGCAGUUAGCUGUUGCGUUGCGGUGGCUCCAGACAAUCUGGAAGCCCAGCUGCACAGGUUUUGGGAGGUCGAAAGCAAUGAGGAUCGGCCUGCUUGGUCGAAGGAGGAACAAGACUGCGAGGAUCAUUUUCAGCGGACGUUCAGUCGCACGAAGGAAGGUCGGUACGUCGUACGUUUACCUAAGCACGUGAAUUUCGACCAGAUGCUAGGUGAAUCCCGUACGAUGGCUCUAUCAAGAUUCAAGAGAUUAGAGCAGCAACUAGGAUGGAACACAGAAAAGCGCAUGCAAUACAACGCAUUCAUGCAAGAAUAUUUAGAUCUUGGACACAUGAAGGAAAUCAGCGAAGCGGAGUCUUUGCAGGAGACAUCAGUUUCCAACACCAGGAAGGCCUACUACUUGCCGCAUCACGCGGUUUUGAAGGAAUCCAGCACCACAACCAAAGUUCGUGUUGUUUUCGAUGGGUCGGCCAGAACGGACAGCGGUUAUUCCUUGAACGACGCUCUUCUAAAGGGUCCGGUUAUUCAGGACGAACUUCUCAGCUUGCUUUUACGGUUUCGAAAGCAUGAAGUGGCACUAGUUGGGGACAUUGAAAAGAUGUACCGGCAAGUGCAGGUACACGAAGAAGACAUCAGUUUACAGCGCAUUUUCUUCCGAUUUUCUGCGGACGAACCCAUAAAGGUGUACCAACUAUCAACGGUGACCUAUGGAUUGACGCCUUCAUCAUUCUUGGCGAUUCGCGCCUUACAUCAACUAGCGGCAGAUGAAGGAACCUUAUACGCAGACGCAGCUGAAGCGAUAGUCGACGACUUCUACGUUGAUGACUACAUCGGUGGAGCAGCCAGCGUAGACGAAGCCAUCCAGCUCCAACAAAAUCUGGAUACACUGAUGAAAAAAGGUGGUUUUGCUUUACGCAAAUGGUGUUCCAAUCGGCCAGAAGUUCUGGCAGGAAUCCCGGCCGAUCAACUUGGAACCAAUCUAUCAAUUUCCUUCGAGAUAAGCCCAGACGAACAGGUGAAAACCUUGGGAAUCACCUGGGAACCCGGGACAGACCAAUUGCGUUUUUUCUAUGACAUAAUAGAAAGCGAGCAAACUUGGACGAGACGAAGCAUCUUAUCAUCGAUAGCCAAGCUGUUCGACCCGCUGGGACUGAUAUCCCCGGUGAUCGUGGCAGCGAAAAUGUUGAUGCAAGAACUCGCUUUGCUCCACACAGGAUGGGAUGCACCUGUUCCCGCCCACAUUGAAGAGAAGUGGAAGGCGUUCCACUCACAACUGUACAACAUUUCGGAAAUGCGAGUCAACCGGUUCGCGUUAGUUUCCAAUUGGGUUGAAAUCCAAUUUCACUGCUUCGCUGAUGCUUCUACCCUAGCAUAUGGUGCGUGCUUAUACGUGCGGACAACGGAUGCAGUGGGAAACGUGCGGAUUGAACUACUCUCUUCGAAAUCUCGCGUUGCGCCACUCAAGAAAUUGACGUUGCCGCGGCUCGAACUUUGCGCCGCCAAGGAAGCGGCGUUAUUACACUCAAAAGUGACUAAAGCUUUCUCAAUGCAAAAUGUACGGUCCUUCUUUUGGUCCGACAGUACGAUUGUACUUCAUUGGCUACGAUCUCCGCCAAAUACUUGGCAAACCUUCGUGGCAAACAGAGUCUCGACGAUUCAAACUACCACGUACCCCCAUUCUUGGCGUCAUGUUGCCGGAAAACAGAAUCCUGCUGAUUUAGUAUCGCGAGGAAUGUCGGUCGACGAAUUUUUGAAUAGUCAGCUGUGGAAAGAAGGACCCCCAUGGCUGCGUAACGACGAAGAUGGAUGGCCCAGUCCUGGUGAAGAAUGCACUAUCUCCGAAGAGCAACUAGAAAUUCGAAAGACUGUUCACGCAAUCAGGGUUGCGGAACCCCCCAACGAAAUGUUCAGCCUACGUUCCUCAUUGCAUUCUUUACUUCGCGUUGUCGCUAACUGUCUUCGAUUUGUGCACAACUGUCGCAACCCGAAUGAUAGGAGGUCCUCUAUUGCUUUGACUCCAGAGGAAAUACAGUCGGCGAAGAUGACACUAACGCGCAUAGCCCAGAACGAACGAUUUCCAGAAGAGCUGAAAGCCCUGAAACGACAACAACGAAUCAACAACAGAUCAAGCCUGAAGAGACUUUUUCCCUUCCUGGACAACGAUGGAGUCCUCAGAGUUGGAGGACGUUUACGCUUUUCAAACGAAAGCUACACAGUAAAACAUCCAGCUGUAUUGCCAAGUAAUCAUCCAUUUACGGAUCUCGUCGUACAGUUCUUUCAUUCUCAGAACUUCCACAGUGGUCCGCAGCUCACAUUGGCCGAAACGCGACAGGAAUUCUGGCCCAUACAUGGUAAACGUGUCGUCAACGCUGUGUUGCGCAAAUGCGUUCGAUGCUUCCGAACGAACCCUACGCCUAUCCAACAGCCCAUGGGACAACUACCGGCUGGUCGCGUUCGCCCGGGACGACCAUUCCUGAUCACUGGUGUUGAUUAUUGCGGGCCAUUCUAUUUGAAGCCUCUACGACGAAAUGUAGCUUCCCCGAAGGUGUAUAUUGCGGUGUACGUCUGCUUUUCGACAAAAGCAAUGCACCUCGAGUUGUCCACCGAUUUGUCUACUGCAAGCUUCAUCUCCGUCUUGCGGAGAUUCAUCGGCCAUCGAGGAAUCCCGGCUGAAAUACAUUCGGACAACGCUAAAAACUUUUCUGGAGCACGCAACGAACUAAAAGCGCUAUACGAUUUGCUCAAUGAUCCGGCCAACAACUUCACCAUAACGAAGGAACUCUCUCAGCAAGGUAUUAAAUGGCAGUUCAUUCCUCCACGCGCUCCCAACUUUGGCGGGUUAUGGGAGGCCGCCGUACGCUCCGUAAAGACUGCGCUGAAGAAAGAGAUUGGCCUGCAACAGCUGAGCUACGAUGAUUUUACCACGCUUCUGGUACAGAUCACCGCUACGUUGAACUCCAGACCUCUGUCUCCUCUAACAGAUGACCCCACGGAAUUUGAAGCCCUCACUCCCGCGCAUUUCCUGAUUGGCUCAGCCAUGAAAGCCCUCCCUGAGCCCGACCUAGUAAACAUUCCCACAAACCGUCUUGACCACUACCAGCAAACCCAGCAAAUGUUCCAGCGCUUUUGGCAACGAUGGAGCAAGCUAUACCUCACACAGCUGCAAGUUACAACGAACAACCUGCCGGCGACUCCCAUCCAAGUUGGAAAUAUCGUUGUACUGCGAGAAGACAACCUGCCACCGCUUUGCUGGCCACUGGCGCGGAUCAUCGGUUUGCAUCCCGGCUUAGACGGAGUCGUGCGAGUCGUGACGGUAAAGACUGCGACAGGAGUAUACAAGCGGGCAGUCAACCGUAUCUGUCCACUGCCUACUGAAGAAGUUAGUCGACGAACAACACGGUCAUCAUCAACGAUAUCGGAUUAG